UAUCUGGCUCCGCCUCCUCCUCUCCGGCUUUGUACCCCGAGCAGAAAGCACGCUGCGGUUAGCUUCUUUAACUUACCGGGGCUGCUAAUCAUCAGAAAAUGGCUCUUCACGUCCCAAAACCUCCGGGCUUUGCCCAAAUGUUAAAGGAUGGUGCUAAGCAUUUUUCGGGGCUAGAAGAAGCAGUUUUUCGUAACAUAAGAGCAUGCAAGGAGCUUUCUCAGACCACACGAACCGCCUACGGCCCCAAUGGUAUGAACAAGAUGGUCAUCAACCACCUGGAGAAGCUGUUUGUCACUAAUGAUGCAGCAACAAUCCUCAGAGAGCUGGAGGUGCAGCAUCCAGCAGCUAAAAUGAUUGUGAUGGCAUCCCACAUGCAAGAGCAGGAGGUUGGAGAUGGCACCAACUUUGUGCUUGUGUUUGCUGGAGCUCUGCUGGAGCUGGCUGAGGAGCUACUCCGGAUGGGCUUGUCCGUGUCAGAGGUGAUUGAUGGCUAUGAAAAGGCUUGUAAGAAAGCUCUGGAGCUCCUUCCCGACUGCGUAUGUUCCUCAGCUAAAAACCUACAUGAUCUAAAAGAGUCCACAUCUCUCAUUCGCACGGCAGUCAUGAGCAAACAGUACGGGAAUGAGGACUUCCUCUCCAACCUCAUCGCAGAGGCCUGUGUGUCCAUAUUCCCAGAGUCCAACAAUUUCAACGUUGACAACGUCCGGGUGUGCAAGAUUUUGGGUUGUGGAGUGACCAAUUCUUCCAUGCUUCAUGGCAUGGUUUUUAAGAAGGAAGCAGAGGGAGACGUCACAUCUGUUAAGGAUGCCAAGAUUGCAGUAUUCUCCUGCCCCUUCGACUGUAUGGUGACAGAGACCAAGGGUACAGUGUUGAUAAAUAAUGCACAAGAACUGAUGAACUUCAGUAAGGGAGAGGAGGACAUGAUGGAGGCCCAGGUGAAGGCCGUCAAAGAAGCUGGUGCCAACGUGGUGGUAACCGGGGGCAAAGUGGCGGACAUGGCGCUGCACUACGCCAACAAGUACAAGCUCAUGGUGGUCCGGCUAAACACCAAGUGGGACCUCAGAAGGUUGUGCAAGACCGUGGGUGCUGUAGCUCUGCCUAAAAUGACGGCUCCAACUCCAGAUGAGAUGGGUCACUGUGACAGUGUUUACUUAACAGAAGUGGGAGACACUCAGGUGGUGGUCUUCAAACAUGAGAAAGAAGAUGGAGCCAUCUCCACCAUCGUGAUCAGAGGCUCUACUGACAACCUGAUGGAUGACAUCGAGAGGGCUAUCGAUGAUGGAGUCAACACUUUCAAGGUGUUGGUCAGGGAUAAACGACUAGUACCCGGAGCAGGAGCCACUGAGAUUGAGCUUGCCAAACAGAUCAGCUCAUAUGGAGAGUCCUGCCCCGGUCUGGAGCAGUAUUCCAUCAAAAAGUACGCCGAAGCCUUCGAGGCCUUGCCGCGCGCUCUGGCUGAGAACUCUGGUGUGAAGGGCAAUGAGCUCAUCUCUAAAAUGUAUGCUGCACAUCACGAGGGAAACAAAAAUGUGGGAUUUGACAUUGAAGGAGAAGGUCCCGCUGUGAAGGACAUGCUGGAGGCUGGAAUUCUGGAUCCUUACUUGGUCAAAUUCUGGGGCAUCAAACUGGCCACCAAUGCCGCCAUCACAGUGCUGAGAGUGGAUCAGAUCAUCAUGGCCAAGGCUGCAGGGGGACCCAAGGCUCCCAAGCAGAGAGGCCAUUGGGACAAGGACGGUUGGGAUGAGGAGCCUGAUCAUUUUGAAACCCACCACUAGAGGGCGCACACGCACACACAAACCGUUUUUCAAUUAUUAUGGCCAAACCAGCAGGUGGACCCAAACCUCCACAGGGAAAGAACUUUGACGAGGACGACUGAACCUGAUGCUCCUCUAACCCAGAGUGCUCCCUCAUACAGUCGCAGAUCUUUUCUACUUGUUUAUUUAAAACUCAGCUGUUAAGGUUUAUUGUGUAGACAACCACUGGUUGCAUUGAUUGGUCAACAUGAGAAGUGAAAAGUACAGAUGGCUCCAUUUGCUUUUUAUGUUCUUAGGUCCCAAAUAAAAGGCAUUUGUGCUGUCA